GAUUCUUCAUCGGUGCAUCCGAAUUCCAAACUCUAGAAUCAGCGCUGUCGUAAUCUUCUUCAUCUUCUACGGCCAAACCCAGCUCUCGCUCUGCACCGGCCUCACCAAACAAGUGGCCUCGUCAAGUCCGCCGCCGCCGCCAUGGCCUCGCCGGCUAAAGAAACCAAGAUAACACCCAGUUCCACAAAGUCAGUAGCAGUUGUUGGUGGUGGAGUUAGUGGGCUAGCUGCUGCCUAUAAACUUAAAUCAAAUGGUUUGAGUGUCACCAUUUUUGAAGCUGAUGGAAGAGCUGGAGGCAAAAUCAAAAGCAGUUCAGAGAAUGGUUUUAUAUGGGAUGAAGGGGCAAAUACAAUGACAGAGAGUGAAAAGGAUGUUGGAAGAUUGAUUGAUGAUCUAGGUCUUCAAGAGAAGAAACAAUAUCCUAUUUCUCAAAACAAGCGAUAUAUUGUGAGGAAUGGAAUGCCGCAAAUGAUUCCAUCAAAUCCCAUAGCUCUGAUUACAAGUAGCAUUCUGUCUCCACAAUCAAAGUUAAAGAUAUUUCUGGAACCUUUUUUGUGGAAGCAUCAAGGCACAAAGAGCUCCUUAAAGGUGUCUGAUGAAUGUUCACAGGAAAGCGUGGGGCAGUUCUUUCGACGGCAUUUUGGAACAGAGGUUGUUGAUUAUCUUGUUGAUCCUUUUGUCGCUGGCUCCAGUGCUGGGGAUCCAGAAUCACUAUCUAUGCGCCAUGCAUUUCCAGAGUUAUGGAACCUAGAAAAGGAGUUUGGUUCAGUCCUUGUUGGGGCUAUCCGGUCCAAACUAACAGGUAAAGCGAAAGUUAAGGGGGAAAGAAAAACAUCAGUGGAAAAGACAAAACAUCAGCGUGGUUCAUUUUCGUUUCAUGGUGGAAUGCAGGCACUCACAGACAUGCUAUGUAAGGAGUUUGGUGGUGAUAACUUGAAACUAAACUCAAAGGUGCUGUCAUUAUCUUGUAAUGUUGAUGGAAGCUCUCCAUUUAGUAGCUGGUCACUUUCUUAUGCUGCAAAUGAUGCCAACACUAAGGCACUCAGAAAGGAUCAAUCUUUUGAUGCAGUCAUAAUGACAGCUCCCCUUUGUAAUGUUCAGGAGAUGAAAUUCACAAAAAAGGGAAACCCUUUUGUUCUUGACUUUCUUCCGAAGGUAAAUUAUCUACCAGUAUCUGUCAUAGUCACCGCCUUUAAGAAGGAAAAUGUCAGAAGACCUCUGGAGGGAUUUGGAGUGUUAGUGCCUUCCAAAGAACAACAGAAUGGCUUGAAAACUCUUGGUACUCUUUUCUCUUCCAUGAUGUUUCCUGAUCGAGCUCCCAAUGAUCAGUAUCUUUACACUACAUUUGUUGGGGGCAGUCGGAAUAGGGAUUUAGCUGGAGCACCAGUGGAUGAGCUGAAACAAACAGUGACUUCUGACCUUAGAAAGCUGUUGGGCGUAGAGGGACAGCCAACAUUUAUCAGGCACAUUUACUGGAGAAAUGCUUUUCCCUUGUAUGGUCAUGAUUAUAAUUUAGUCUUGGAAGCUAUAGAAAAGAUGGAGCAAAACCUUCCUGGGUUCUUCUAUGCAGGUAACCAUAGGGAUGGAUUGUCUGUUGGGAAAGCAAUAACAUCAGGAUUCAAAGCAGCUGACCUUGUUUGACUUUGGUGUCAUGGUGCUCAGUUCCGGUAUUCUUCUCGUUCUUAUCCUAUUCACCUACAAACCAUGUUGGCUGGAUUACUACUACAAAAUUUCACCCUCCUCCAGGUCCAUGUGGUUACAGGAUUUUGCAUUUUCUGGAACUCGGAGCAAACGAUCAAUGAUAAACAGUUUUGAUCCAAUUUAGUUACGGUCCAUGAAGUGCCGUAGUGGCCUAAUUAUUAGAACUUCUUAGGCCAGUGGCUAUAACUGAGGAACAACAUUAGUCUCCUUGCCAAUUAUGUUCAGCUCCCUUGGAUGAUGAAGGUCAGUGUAUUGGAAUUUGGCAACUGACAGAAAUUUCUUAACGAAGAAAUUUAUACUCUUAGCCUCGUGACGACAGAUAGUUGAGUUGAAAAGGUUCUAUUUUUUGGGAUUUUUGCAUCUAUGCCGCUGUACAUAUUUGAUUUUGCAUGUAUACCCCUAU